AGCUGGUUCCGCGCCGCGGCCGCCGCGACAGGUGCAGCAGAGCCGAGCCGGCCGCGCUCCGAACGGCGCCUCCCGCCCCACCAUGGGCAACAGCGCGAGCCGCAACGACUUCGAGUGGGUCUACACCGACCAGCCGCACACGCAGCGGCGCAAGGAGAUACUGGCCAAGUACCCAGCCAUCAAGGCCCUGAUGCGGCCGGACCCGCGCCUCAAGUGGGCGGUGCUGGCGUUGGUGCUGGUGCAGCUGCUGGCCUGCUGGCUGGUGCGCGGGCUGGCCUGGCGCUGGCUGCUGUUCUGGGCCUACGCCUUUGGAGGCUGCGUGAACCACUCGCUGACGCUGGCCAUCCACGACAUCUCACACAACGCGGCCUUCGGCACGGGCUGUGCGGCGCGCAACCGCUGGCUGGCCGUGUUCGCCAACCUGCCCGUGGGUGUGCCCUACGCCGCCUCCUUCAAGAAGUACCAUGUGGACCACCACCGCUACCUGGGUGGCGAUGGGCUGGACGUGGACGUGCCCACGCGUCUGGAGGGCUGGUUCUUCUGCACGCCCGCCCGCAAGCUGCUGUGGCUGGUGCUGCAGCCCUUCUUCUACUCGCUGCGGCCGCUCUGCGUCCACCCCAAGGCCGUGACCCGCAUGGAGGUGCUCAACACGCUGGUGCAGCUGGCGGCCGACCUGGCCAUCUUUGCCCUCUGGGGGCUCAAGCCCGUGGUCUACCUGCUGGCCAGCUCCUUCCUGGGCCUGGGCCUGCACCCCAUCUCGGGCCACUUCGUGGCCGAGCACUACAUGUUCCUCAAGGGCCACGAGACCUACUCCUACUAUGGGCCUCUCAACUGGAUCACCUUCAAUGUGGGCUACCACGUGGAGCACCACGACUUCCCCAGCAUCCCGGGCUACAACCUGCCGCUGGUGCGGAAGAUCGCGCCCGAGUACUACGACCACCUGCCACAGCACCACUCCUGGGUGAAGGUGCUCUGGGAUUUUGUGUUUGAGGACUCCCUGGGGCCCUACGCCAGGGUGAAGCGGGUGUAUAGGCUGGCAAAGGAUGGUCUGUGAGCCCGGGCUGCCUCCUGGUGGUGGCCAUUGUCCCCCAUCGGCCCCUCAGCCUUGCACCCCAGCACUGAGAAGCUACAUUUCCUUCCUGUGCUCUGGACUGCUGCCCUUGUCCCCGAGGAGUGUCCCGCGCAGCCACACCUGGCAACAGCAGUGUGGGCUGCAGGUCUGCACGUGGACUUGCCCUGGACCUUGAGUGUGGCCCUCCCUUUCUGGGCCUCCCCAGGUGAGGCCUGGCCCUGCCCCACCGUGACCUGGGUGCUCUGAGCCCACGGUUCCCACGGAGCUGACUCCUCUGGGGUGCCUGUGCCCUACAUUAAACCCGGCGUUUGUUUCACA